UUGCAACUAUCAGUCUCGGACUCACCGCCCGGCUGAGGAGGUGAAAGUUUCUCCACAGGACGAAAAACUACAGAAGACGUUGCAUUGCGUGAUUCUGGCCAACGGUUGAAUAAAAGCGAAAAAAUCUAGCUCUGAAAAAUAAAAAGUAAACGUAGAGGUGGGUGUGAGCGUAUCUGAUUAAGACGCACAACCCUCAAAGCGAAAGCAGAGAUUUGCGCGUGCGUUCAUAUUUUUCUUGCAGUUGCUACUGCAGACUUACGAUGCUCCUUGACGCAGGGCCACAGUAUCCUGCCAUAGGAGUAACUACGUUCGGUUCCUCCAGACAUCAUUCAACAGGCGAAGUCACCGAUAGAGAAGUUGGGUUGGGGUUAAAUCCGUUUGCUGACGGGAUGGGAGCUUUCAAAAUCAACCAUGGUACUCACGAACUUGGUUCUGGACAAACAGCUUUCUCUUCGCAGACUCCGAGCUACGCAGCAGCCGCUUUGGGGCAUCACCACCACCCUGCUCAUGUAAGCUCCUACUCAACUGCAGCGUUCAACUCCACCAGGGACUUUCUGUUCCGAAAUCGGGGAUUCGGUGACGCAGCAAGCGCACAACACAGUCUUUUUGCCUCAGCGGCAGGAACUUUCGCAGGGGCUCAUGGACACUCAGAUGCCACCGGACACCUUCUAUUCCCGGGACUGCACGAGCAGGCAGCCACACAUGGGUCUCCGAACGUUGUAAAUAGUCAGAUGCGUCUGGGGUUUACCGGGGACAUGUACGGCAGAGCAGAACAGUAUGGGCAGGUGACGAGUCCCAGGUCUGAGCACUAUGCAUCGACACAGUUGCACGGUUAUGGUGCUAUGAAUAUGAACAUGGCUGCACACCACGGGGCUGGGGCCUUUUUUCGAUACAUGAGGCAACCGAUUAAACAAGAGCUUAUCUGUAAGUGGAUUGAACCGGACCAGCUGUCGAAUCCCAAAAAGUCUUGUAACAAAACUUUCAGCACCAUGCACGAGCUCGUGACUCACCUCACUGUUGAGCAUGUUGGGGGCCCAGAACAGUCAAAUCACAUCUGCUUUUGGGAAGAAUGUCCCCGGGAAGGCAAGCCAUUUAAAGCUAAAUACAAGCUAGUUAAUCAUAUCAGAGUGCACACGGGCGAGAAGCCGUUCCCAUGCCCAUUUCCCGGCUGUGGCAAAGUAUUCGCAAGAUCAGAAAAUCUAAAAAUCCACAAAAGAACUCACACUGGCGAAAAACCAUUUAAAUGCGAGUUUGAAGGUUGUGACAGGCGGUUUGCGAACAGCAGUGAUCGUAAGAAACAUAUGCACGUCCACACGUCUGACAAACCCUAUCUCUGCAAAAUGUGUGACAAAUCUUACACACAUCCCAGUUCCCUCAGAAAACACAUGAAGGUUCACGAAUCGUCUUCAUCAGGGUCACAACCCUCUCCAGCAGCCAGUUCAGGGUACGAAUCAUCCACGCCUCCAACAAUUGUAUCUCCAUCCGCAGAGAACCAAAGCAGCAGCGCUAUAUCUCCAGCGUCCUCAACAGUGCAUCACGCGACCAGUCAUCACAGCGCGCUGUCGUCAAAUUUUAACGAAUGGUACGUCUAAAAUAUUUUUACGACUGCAGAGUUAGGACUGCUCGGACUCAAAGACCACAAAAGCUACAAAGUAAGCACGGACUGAAACACGUGGAACCGAAAGUUCUUUGGUAAACGGCUGUUUUUCAAAGGUUGAGGCUUGAGCAAUAUGAUAAAACGUCCGACGCCCGAGUUAGGGUCUUGAAAGACUGUACACAGGAUAUCUCAAAUUGCAUGCUAUUUGCGAGUUGCGGCCUGUUUGUAUAUAAAGAUUUACUUGUUUCAUAUGUAAUAUGUAAUUUUGUAAAUAGAUAUAUCACAGUUUAAGGGAUUUUGUGAAAAAUGUGGUCCCCAAAUUUAUGGAAACUGAAAAUGUUGUGAAGAAAUAUGCGGUUAAUAGUCUUGAUUGACAAGAAUGUUACGGUUAAUGUGUACCAAAUGUGAAUUACCCUGUAUGGUUACGCGUCGAAUUAACCGACUAUUAGUGUUAAUGUGAUUUUGUAUACAGUGGAAACAUUUCGUCUCGCAGUCUAGUCUGAGUACAGUAAAUUGUUGUUAUCAAAUGUCAUGUCGAUAAAUCGUAUAGUAAAAGCCUGAAACUCCGUGUCACUCUGUUUAUGUAAAAGGUGAUAUAUAUGUAUAGUAGCCAAUAUACGAACUAUCUGUCAUUUUCCAAAAUUAUCUGUUCAUUGCCUUGGAAAAGUAAAAAAAAAAAAAAAAAAAUAGAUGUGCAGCACAAAUUUCCAUAUUCCUCGCAUGUAAAAGGCUGGUAUCACACAUAUCGAUAUUUAUGGAUAAAUGUCUUUUUAAAUGUUAUGUUGAGUUUAUAAACAUUUUGGUUACAUUUUGUACAGUAUUAAAACUUAAAAUGAAAAUAACUGUUCUUUGAAUUUUUUCCCUAUUAGACUACGGAAUAUAGCCCUUUAUACAUAUCACAUCUUUUGUCGUACUUCGUAACAAAUUCCUGCUUAAACUGAACGCGAAAAUUACAUUCAACAUACAUAUUCCUAUCCUAUAUUUCACCAAAAAUGUAAACGUAGAUCAAUGGCAUGAGAUGAACAAGUAGCCUAAUCCAUUAUGUAAAAUAAAAGUAGGCUAUGCCAAAUGCUCAGACCCAAAAAGUCCGACUGUUCUUAAGAUCGGUAAAAACAAUUAUGUUUGCCACAGACCUUAUAGGCCUAUGAUCAUGGUGCAUUCUCUACCAUCUCGUUUUCAGUUUUAUAAACCAGUAAAACGAACUAUGCUGAGAAUAAAUAGAUGUUAUAAAUGAUCUUUUACCCUGUCGAAUUCAGUCACAAUUAAAAUAGAAUUUUAUUUUAUACAAACAGCAAAUUGUUAAGUUUCAUAAACAUGAUUAAUUAUGCCCAAUAACUGCUAAACGUUUUUUUUUUUUUCCUUUUUUUUUCCUUGGAAGAUAAUCAGUUUCAUGGCGGUUGGCAUGGCAUCUGAAAAACACCGAGACUUUGCUAUGGCUGGAAUGAUGUUAAUCUUGCCGUUAUUUCUUCCUGACUGCAAUAAGCAGACAUCAAGUCAACUGACAAGGGUGAUCACGGGCUUGGCUAACACCAACAACGCUGAGGGAAGGCGCAGAACGGAAUUCAUAAGCUCAAAGAUUGACACAUCUAACGGUUAUAUACGCAUAAGUAAUCAGAAUGUUUAACACAAAGGUUUAAACCACGUGCACAGUUAAAUAAAUCCGACACGCCCACUCGCACUGUGCACACCCCAGGGCAUGUUAGCUUGUGUAGAUUGUAUACAUAGGUUACAUCAUCAACAUAAAUGGGGUGUGAUCAAAUUUAUCUAAAUAUAUAUCGCAAUUCUAAAUAUAUAGCCGGUUCAGUAGGUUAUUGUAUUGCUUGUUUUUUUUUGUUUUUUUUUUUUGUUUUUUUUAAUAAAUGGAGAUUACUUGUGUAAUAUAUUCAUAGGCUCUUGAAUACAUAGCGCCACCUUGCAGUGUAAAAUAUAUUUUGAAAGUUGAAUUUUUCUCAUUAAUAAUAAAUAUGUCUGUCAAAUGGCAAUUCCUUGCCUGUGUUUUGCUGCAUGUGCGUUAGGGUAUAUCUUGAAAUGGCAACUUUGGCAAUAGAAGUAAUUGUUUGACACCGUUUGGAACCGUACACGGUGUUCUACGUGUGCGUUUUGACUUACACACUUAAUGUAUAAUUGCAAUAUUGUGACUGUAUUGUGUGUAUCUACGCAAUACGGCACUACGGACGUUUUUUAAUUUUAACAUUAUUUUUUUUAUGAGCAGCAGUACAGUGUAGUGAUACGGUGUACAUGUUACAUGUUUAUUCACUGCAGUAAAGGCAUAUUUACUCAAUAUCCUAGCCAUCACCGACUAAAUUGGCCACUAUUUAGCCUACAUAUGCCACGGUCUGAAGUCUUAACGCAAAAGAAUAUACUUUAAAAAUCUAUAUAUUUCAGUGCACUACAUAUUUCAUUAGAAGGCGUCGAAGAAUAGCGCGCUUGAGUGAAUUUCAGCUAACUUCCUGCUUCUUUCUCGAAGAGGAAAAUACAACUGAACCCUUUUAACAUGUGUUGAAUGUAUGUGAUAAGCUUUACUGGUGGGGUAAAGUUGAGUACUGUAUCUUAAGUCACUAAGUAAUUGAUAGACUGCAGCUUCAUUUACCAUUUUAUUUUUUAAACAGUUUUCUCAAUUUUGGCUCUUUGUCAAUUCCCUUACGACAAACAAGUUUAUCAUAUUCACUUGCUGGGCCUUUGCAUACAAUCCCUAACUAGAUGAAAAUAAAAUAAUUGCAUAUUUUCUGUUUGUGUAUUGUUCUGUAAAUAAACCUAACAAUGGAAUUGUGGAAUGGUUUGAAGAACAUGUGUGUAUUCUCAGAAAACAUAGGUUAACGCCGAAUAUUAAAUAGGCUACUGAAAGAAAUGCCCCGUGUGUUUCUGAUAAUUCGUUCUUACAAUAGGCUAGACCUACAAUAAACGUAAUUUAUAAGCUCUAAAAUACAGACUGUGUGUGCAUUGACGACUCGUUUACGAUUUAACGGUAGCCUAUUUCAGAUCACGAUCUUAGUCCAUUACAGUCAUGGACAAUAGGCUACAGGCCUAUAUUUCACGUUUCGUUCAUCUCCAGAUUCCUGAUCUUGUAGCCUAAGCCUAAUUGUCAUUUUACACGAGUAGGCUAUGCAUUUUUUUCUGCUGCCUUUGAUGGCUCGAUUUCAUUGCAUUUUUGGUUGAACUUUUAAGGGACAACCUUUAUUAAGUGACUUCAUGAAGAAGCUAAAAUACUUUUGUUCAUUAGCGCCUCUCUCUCUUACUCACAUGCAAGCACACCCGCGCACACAAUCACAUUUAGCCUACUUAUUUUCUUAAGAAAAUAAUCCACCUAACUAAUCUAGAAUCAAGCUCCAGUUGACCAAACACGUUGGUAGCGACUGCUCUGCCACAAUAAUAAUGUAUCUUGCUAUUAUAUGUCAGAGAGAAUCCUGCCUGUUUCCUUAGCAUGUCCCUGUGGGAGCCUAUUCACUUGUAGCCGAAUAAACCAUUGGCCUUACAUGUUGUUACUUUUAUCAACCCCAAUAGCUGAAGUAAAUGAGGAAAUACAUUAACGGUUAUGCAGAUGUCACAUAAGGGUAAAAUGUAAAUGGCAUAGCACUUAUGUUUCAGGAUAAUUACUUCAUGUAAAUUAGUGUGGUGUCAAAAUUAAUCACAGACAAGCUUAUGGAGAUGUUACUCAUAUUAAAUUAAUAGAUUGUCAUUGCCGAUUUAUUUUUCAAAUAUUCUCUCAACGUUUUUGAGUAUUGUUACGUAAGAUUUCAACAGCGUCUUUCAUAA